UUCAACAUGGCGGAUGAUGGCUUCGACCGAUGAAUGUAGAUUUUAUUCAGGAGAAAAUCCUAAAUAAAUGAAAAAUGGAUGGUGUGUUUACAAACAUCUUCAGAUAACGGAUAAAGAGAGGCAAUGGAAGGUCUGUCUGGUCCAUGAAUUGAAAGAUUUGAAAAUGGAAUUGUCAGUGAAUGCUAAAGAAAAGCUUGAAUAUUGAGGAGGUGUUGUUCAGGAAGGAGCUGGGGAUAAAGUGUGUCACUACCACUCAUGUGACUUAGUCCAGUUGGUGGAUCCGAAACAUCUCGGCAGUAUGGAAAAUCUGACCAACACAUGAGAUGAAGGGAGAAGUCGACAAAGCUGUCUGGCUGUCGUAACAGCAUUAUUAAACUAGUAAUUCGAAACACUAUUUAAUGGUAAACUUGAUUGGUCAAUUUGGCUGUAUUUAUUACACAGAAAGCGUAACUACCUAAUGUGUCACGAUGGGGUGAUCUGUGUUUGGUGGUGCUGGGAUAGAGUGCACCCAAUGACCUUCUUGGAGGCUAUGGGACCCAGCCAGGACAUGGUGGGUAUCCCAUACAAUUGUGAUAUUUGAUGCCCCAGUGCACUGACUCCAAACUUUGAUCUGUAUGAAGUGAUCAAAGAUUUCAAAAUGUCUAUUUGUAAUUAAAUGUGUAAAGUAUUUCAUAAGACUUGACAGCAGUGUGUAUUGUGCUUUGACCAAGCACAUCUCAAAAUGGCCAAGAAAGGUGAGGAUCGAACUUUCAACAUCAGUGUGAUUGGACUGUCAGGCACAGAGAGAGACAAAGGACCUGUUGGAGUGGGAAAGUCAUGCCUUUGUAAUCGGUUCAUCUCUUAUGUAGCCGACAAAUACUUCUCUGACCACAUCUCUGUACUGAGCCAAAGUGACUUCGCUGGACGUGUCAUUAACAAUGACCACUUCCUGUACUGGGGGGAAGUCACCAAGACUGACGAUGGCAACAACUUCGUCUUCAACGUCAUAGAACAGAGUGAAUUCAUUGAUGAUGUGUCAUUCCAGCCAUUCAAGACCGGUCGAACUGAUCCCUAUUACAAGCGCUGUGUGGCUACUAAGGUUCAGUCUGCGGAGAAGCUGAUGUAUAUAUGUAAAGACCAGCUAGGCAUGGAAACGGACAGUGCUUAUGAGCAGAAACUGAUGCCAGAGGGUAAACUUAAUAUUGAUGGCUAUAUAUGUUGUUUUGAUGUUAGUCAAAAUCAACAACGGACUCUGGAACAACAAGUGGAGUUUGUUACAUUGUUAUUAAAUGGUGCAAUAAAGACAAAGAAACCUGUUGUGGUGGUAACGACAAAAACAGACGAGGCUAAUGAUCGUUAUGUGAAGGAAGUGGAACGGCUUUUGUCGAAGCGCGAGUACAAGAAUAAUAUUCCACUUGUGGGGACGUCGGCGCACGAAAACGUCAAUGUAGAGCAGGCAUUUUUGACACUCGCUCAUAUGAUUGACAAAACUAAAACACGACCAAAAAUUGUUCAAUUCUCCGAAGCUGUUCGACAGCGGAAGGAAUUACUAGAUGUGGCAACAGAAGCUUACCGUAGUCUGCUGCGCAUCAACAUUAUCGACCCGAAGGCGGUGUGGGCACCCUCGCGCAAAAAGUUGGAAAAGGAGUCCGACUUUUUACACUAUAUUGAGCAUUUUGGAACGGACUCUGCUCGCAAACUGUUCCGACUACACAUCAAGCACCUGUGUGAUGAACAAAUACGCAGGCGGGAAAGUCACUAUCUUCAACAGUUACCGGAUGUCCUCCAGCACUUCCUCCCAGACCUCAACACCAUCACAGAAAGCUGGACAACGUGCCAACGGUUGAUCCGACAACACCCAGACUUCGAUGAGUAUUUUGUGGAGGUGUGUUACGAAAACGACAGCUGGAAAACGACUCCUCAUUUUGUUGAUAACUACCAGGAGACCCGCAUCCCAUUUGAUCUCCUAUCCUCCUGUGAUGCAGAGACAUGCUUUCGUAACCAUUUCAACGCCCUGCAAGCACAACACAGGAAACUUCAGUUAAAGCGGCAAUUUAAAAAGUUACUGGAGGAAACUCCAGAAGUGUCGCCUGGCAAGUCCUUGGAAGAGACGUACCUUUCAUUUGAGGCCAAAGAUUGUUACAUUGAUCUCAAACAGUACGAACGUGAACAGGUGUAUGAUGCUCAUCAGCACGACCUCAAAACAGCCGCGCGACAUGAUUUUCAGGAACUGCUUUGGGAGAAACUGGAGAUAUUCAUUCACAUGUCCAACACCCCGAAUACAAUCACGCAAGAGGACAUUCGAACCAUAACCAAGUUUAUAGAGAAUGAUCCCCGGUAUCGUGUGAUGGACCGCCUGGACGAAGAAAGGAAAGUCAUCCUCUUCAACCUGCUUGGGUUUAUGGAAUGUCCAUCACGAGACAGGUGUUACUUUCAACAUGCGUGUGCAGAAGUAGCGUUACAGAAUAUAUUCGAGGGACGCACCUUCAGGUCUGAGCCACCCUCUAUAUCUGAAAGUGAGGGCUCAAUGAAGCCUCUGAAUUUGGUGCUGCUAGGCAAGGCUGGCCUAGCUGAGGAACUAUGUAAAGAAAUCCGGAAUAUGUGCAAUCAUGAUAUGUUUCCCUAUCGAAAUGCUGUGUAUAGUUUAGAUUAUCGACCAAUAGAAGAGGAUGUUAGGUUAGAAUAUAACUCUUUUGCUACUGCAAACUUUAAACCACAUGGGUGUCUAUGUGUGUACAAUUCACGAGAUUCUCUGGAGUAUGUACGUUCAAGCUUGGAAACGACGCUGCUGGAAGAUCUGCAGCGCGAGGAAAACCAAACGUUACACGGUGUGCCAAUCAUCAUCCUACAUGCCUUCAAUCCUGACUGUACAGAGAAGGAACACAUCAUUCUCUCUCACAAGGGACAGGAGCUGGCACGCAGUUUGCGAUGUGAGUUUAAAGACAUUCCAGCGGAAGAUGACAUAGAAGAUCAUGGUUUGAGGUUUUCACCUGUACAGAUAGAGGAAUCACUAAUUAUGGUGGUUCGAGGCUCUGGUCAGGCUAGCUUGUCCCGGCCGUGCUCGGAGGAUCUAGAACCUGAUCUACGGAUUGGGAUGUGUCUUAUGUGUGGUGACCCCUUCGACUGCGAGAUCCCCCUUGGGCCCCUGCUCAACAGUAACCCCACCCAGAUUGACAUUGAUCAUCCGAGUUCUAUGUUCACCAUCAAUAUGGAGACCAAUGUCGACAACAGUCCAGAUUUUUCCAAACAGAAGAUUGAGAUCUGUAUCUCUUCCUACCACAACUUUGUGUCCAAAAUGUUUAAGGACGAUGAAGACUACCACAUGUUCCACGGGUUUAUACUUGUGUUUUCCACCAAGAGAAAGGCCUCUUUUGCAACCAUGAAGGCGUUUGCGGAAAGUUUGCGAAACCAAAUGCAGGUGCUGCCAAUCUUGAUCCUAGCUGUCACAGAUAGCGUAGGGUCGGCCAUCUUCUUCAAGGACGAGCUAAGUCAAAAUCUCAUUUCUGAAGGCAACCAGUUGGCCGAUUUUCUUGGUGGAGAGUUCAAAAUGACUACUGCCAAUUUCCAACAGCAGACUCCUAUCUACAUCCCAUUCUUUAAGGAGGCAUGGUACAAAAGAGAAAGUGUGUCCGAGUCCUACUACAGUGUCCCUAGCAGUCCUCCAGCUUAUGGCCAUUCCAUUGACCCGAAGCGUCCCCCAGCCCCACUCCCCCGUCCGUUUGAAAUCUAUCCCACCACCAAAAGUAGUACCAGUAACAGCCAAAGUACAGAAGAGUCUGAACCUAUCUAUGACCAGCCAAGCAACCUUCGUGGGGGGCCAACGUCUGACAGUGAACAGGAGCGCCCGUCCUCGGCUUCCCCACCACCGCGCACAGAAAGUCCAACCUGUCCACCCCCCUAUCAGUUUGAUCUAAAGAAUGGUGAACGAUUGGUUCGUCCCAGUAUGAUCCGUCAGCGCCCAGGAGACCACGCAGCCUGGGCCAUUAAUGAACCGCGACGACCACAGAAGAAGGCGAGCACAUUCCCCUCUGAUGCCAAAUUAAUCAAUCCGGACAACGGUCGUCUGGAUGAUGAUUCACGGAGAAGUUCAGAGGAAACUAUCUGGAGGGAAAAUGAACUCUAUCACUCACGAAAUCCACAGUUUGGUGUAGGAAGAAAGCCGUCCAAGAGUACUAUACAGGCUCCCCUGGCCUUGCCAGAACACAUAGAGAUCUCCUCAGAUUACGCUACCGUCAAGGAUGUGGUGAGUUCGCCGACACCAGAGUCAGAUUAUGCUUCGGUGAAUGAUGCUCUUCCUGAUGGUAUCCUCCAGAGAGUUCGCUCACAGCAGCGUAAAAAAGGCAAUACAGAUUCUGAGGACUCUGAGUUCAGUUCCCUGGAGCGUGAACGAGAAAAGAGUCUGUACACCAAGUGUAACAGAAAGCCUACCCCACACAAGAAAAAGACAAAGUACAAGCCCCAGACUGGCCGUGCAGACCCAAUGAACUCUGACCUUGCCAGUCAGUUCCGUCAUUUGAGGAUACGUGAUCGUGAACGAGAGCCAAGUAAUUCACCAUCCGAUGGAAGCGAGGGGACAGGAGAUGAGCUACAGUUAGUCCGCAAGGAGAAGAAACCACUAAAAAUUAAAAAGCGUCGGCCACCAGGGGGCAGUGAGAGUAGUGGACAAGCCUUCAGUCCGCAGCUGUCAGACAGCGACAACCUGGCUGGAUCACCUCCUAGUCAUUACAGGGACCUAGGGUAUGGAGAGAGAGAAUUUGCCACUUUACCACGGUUUGGAGGCUUGAUGGCCACUAGUAUGGAUAGUGCUGACCUUGACCUCAAUGAUAGUGGUAGCUGGGCCUCCAAGAUGAAGACAUCCAAAAAACAACGCAAGGAACAACAAAAAAUAAAGGAAGAUGAAAAACGACGGAAAAAGGAGGAGGAGAGGAAGCAGAAGGAACAACAGAAGAUGCAAAAGAAGAAGAAAAAAGACAACAGGGGUACAGGAAUGUCUGAAAGUGGCUGUAGACUACAGGAAUUUCCUAUGUCCUCGGCCAACCCCUCCCUCCCACAAUUUGUGGAGACCUGUGUGGAAUAUAUAGACGCAGAAGUGAAAAUUGGUCGAAUGCAUACAGAAGGAAUAUACCGUAUACCUGGCAAUAAACAAAAUGUAGAUCUGCUCAACUCCAAACUUCAGGAAGAUCCUAGUCAAGAUAUAAAAAGCCUGGAGAUUCAAGUCAAUGCUGUAGCAACUGUGCUGAAAAAUUUCUUCAAUGAGACAGAGCCGUUGAUUCCCUCAUACCUACACGAUGAGCUCCUUGAAGCAGCAGAGAAAUUUGAGGACGAUCCGCAAGAAGAAAUGCCAACAGGAAGACUUCUGGCGCUGAGAGGAGUCCUAAAAAAGCUGCAUCCUGUCAAUUUUGAAGUGUUGAAGUACUUUAUCACACAUCUCAAUAGAGUGAGCCACCACAAGGACACACACAACAUGGAUACAAGAAAUCUGGCUCUGUGUUUAUGGCCCACUAUUCUUCGUAUAGACUUCAUGUCAUAUGACAAAAUGGCAACAGGUACAAAACUGCCGGCGGAGAUUAUACAGACAUUGAUAGAACAAUGUGGAUUCUUCUUCCAUGGUGAGGACGAAGUCUGACAGGGGACAUGUCACAACUUUAAUUUACACUGGAAGUGAGAUAAUUACGACUGGGAGAAAUCAGUAUUUCUGUGUUACACAAGAAAGGCAAAGAGAGAAGUCAUUAUUUCAUUUGACAAAGACAUUUGCAAGAUAAAGAGUGACAGUUUAUUUGUAUGUAACAUGGUUGAGAGAGUUUGUGUAAGCUGGUCAGUGUAAACAGUCGCAAAAAACCUUUCAUUUGAUGAAGACUACAACCAAGGGGAGAUAAGCUAGUCAGGUUGUACAGGCCAAUACUUAUUUGUUGAUGAAGUGUGUAACUUUUUGACAACACUGACCAGACAGUGUCAGCAGGUGGUCAAGUCAUCGGUCAAGGUGUAAUAUCCUCUGUCAGUGUUUCACAAUGUUGUUGCCAAAAGUCCAUUCCAAUCCGAGUCAAACUGGGUAUGGAUGAUAUCAUGUACGCUGACAGCCAACUCGCAACACUAUCAUGUAUUCUCCUAGAGGACGAUAUAUAUCUAUACUUAAAUCAUUAAGUUUACUGACAGAGCACAAACAUUACUACCUUUGACCGUGGAAGAUACUGACUCAGAUUUAGUGAUUUUAACUUAUAAAUUUGUGAAAACAAAAGAUUAAAUACAUUAUGUAUCUUUGUUUAUAUUUAAGGGAUGUGUGAAGCUAGAUGUAUGUUUCUGUGUGUGCUGCUAGAUGUGUGUUUCUGUUGAAGUCCUAUAGCACUCUGCUGCUAUGUAAAGUAACCUGUCGCAAAACCAUGCCAAUUUUAAUCAUAAGAUACCUUUCAAUAGCCGUAAUUAUUAUUAAUCAACUUGCUUUUGAAAAUUACACAAUGUGUGCUGUAAUGUUUUUUAAUAUUCUGUUUUUAAUUUAACUAUUGUCAAGGGAAGCAACUCUUGUAGGAUGUGAAUUAUGAACUAUUUAUGGAUAUACUGUAUUGUAAUGCAACGUAUUAGAUUAAUUGAUUGCACUUAAUUGACCAUGGGACAAAUCUGACACCAAAGAUGAAUUAUUUGAAUAAAAUGGCUUACUGUUCUCACAAACCAACCUUAAUCCCACAGUUAAGUCAUCCUAUAAUAUUAUUGAUAUUGAUUUUUUGUACAUGUUGUGAAAUAAGUGAAUGUAAAUUCAGGACUUAUUAUAUCGACUAUAUCGACCUACUUAUAAACUGACUAAAACAGUAGUGUUUACUCCAGGAAAAAAGAAAUUUCAUACUGAUCAUGGAAUAAAUUCUAUAUGUGAUUUUAUUUCUAUGACAGUAUAUGAAUAGAAAGUGAAUUAACCGAUUCUCUAAGAAAAUAAUUGAAAUUGACUUCAAAUUAAAUGAUUUUGUCAACAUUCUGUCUACUGAAAAAUGCUGAUAUUCAGAUAGUAUUUAAUGUUUCAUGAAAUCUACUGUUUUGGCUACAUUUUUAAAUAACAACUAUCAUUUUGGCAACAGAUCUGUUAAAAAUUAUAGAUUUUUAAUGAGCAAUGUAUCGUCUAAUAGGUAAUAAUGACAACUGUUAGUUAAAGUUUAUAGCAAGAAACAAUGUAUGAAUAGUAAGCUAUAUUUUGACUGCUGAAGCUCCAAAAACUGGUAAAAAAUCUUUUACAAUUAUAUCACUCAGUUAUACAUUAUCUAUGUAUCAAGAGUCUGAAUUAUCACAAUGGUGUCCAGUAUUCUGCCUGGUCAAGUGGUCAAGUGGAUCAGGGCGCCUGGCAGCUAGUCAUUUUUAAUGUUAUUGUAGUGUGUACCUGACCACUGGUCAGUAAUGGCCUGAUUUCUAGAUGUGGUAUGUGUAUGGCCUGAAAACCAUUUUAUUUAUAUCUGAACUGACACCAUGUGUUCAGCCAAUUGAGUUAUACAUGUAGGAUUGAUAGAGGCUUGUUCCUGAUCAAGGUGUACAUCAUUAUGUGAUGUGUCUGCAUCAUCAUGUGGAGUUUUCUUGCUCUGGGCCAACAUUACAAUGUAAUGUGUUCCUGAUCAGGGCCUACAUCACAAUGUAAUGUGUUCCUAAUCAGGGCCUACAUCACAGUGUGGUGUUUUCCUGAUCAGGACCUGCAAUAUCUUGUAGGUGUGUUCCUGAUCUGGGUCAGCAUCACCAUGUAAUGUGUUUCUGAUUGGGGCCUACAUCACCAUGUAAUGUGUUCCUGAUUGGGGCCGACAUCACCAUGUAAUGUGUUCCUGAUUGGGGCCUACAUCACCAUGUAAUGUGUUCCUGAUUGGGGCCGACAUCACCAUGUAAUGUGUUCCUGAUCGGGGCCGACAUCACCAUGUAAUGUGUUCCUGAUUGGGGCCUACAUCACCAUGUAAUGUGUUCCUGAUUGGGGCCGACAUCACCAUGUAAUGUGUUCCUGAUCGGGGCCGACAUCACCAUGUAAUGUGUUUCUGAUCGGGGCCUGCAUCAUCAUCUGGUAUGUUUCUGAAUUGGCUACAUAACAAUAUUGUCUGUUUUUUGUUGGGUCUGUAAAGUGUGAUGUGGUUUCUGUUUGAUCAGACAAAGAUUAUAUGGACUGAUUGGAGCAGACCAUAUGAUUUUACCUAUGAUUCAGCCAACAGCAGUUUGUAGUGUGUCUCUGAUCAGGCAAAAGUGCUAUGAAUGAAGGUCAAAUGUGAAUGUUCGUUAAAUUUAGUAAUGCUGAGCCUACUAGGAAAACUAUUAAAUUGCUUAAAUAUUCUUGCAUAAUAUAUAUAAAUCUAUAUAUAUAUGAUGAAAAUUUCAAAUUGUUAGUUAAUGUAAGUUGUGUUAUAUAAUGGUACAUUUAAUAGUGUAUGAUGAAUAUUUUAUAUGUUUGACCUAAAUUUUAUGCUGGUAUGGAGUGUAUUUCAGACUUUAUCUCUUGUCCGUGGUUAAGUAUGGUCUGGUAUGGUGCACUUUGACCUUGGGUUGUACUAUUUAAAUCAUUGAUAGUGGGGCACCAAACUCUGUGUUUGAGAUGUGCAUGUUAAACUUUCUGUGAGCCAUUUUAUCCAUAUGUAUGGAUCAUGGACCAUAUAACAUAAUCAGAUGUAUGUGAAGAAUGAUAGAGCUGUUGUGAGUUAAUGUUGUGGUGUACAUGUAUCAUUGUAAGAGAUAAGUUGUACUGUGUUGUGAAGGAUAAGGGAGAGAGGUUGUGAUCAGUAUGGAAGAAAGGUUGUAAAAUGUUGUGAUAUGAAAGGGAGAGAGGUUGUACAGAAUUGUCAGAGGUAAGGGUAAGAGGUUGUAUAGAGGUGUGAUGGGUAUGGGAGAGAGGUUGUAUAGAGUUGUGAUGGGUAUGGGAGAGAGGUUGUAUAGAGGUGUGAUGGGUAUGGGAGAGAGGUUGUAUAGAGGUGUGAUGGGUAUGGGAGAGAGGUUGUAUAGAGGUGUGAUGGGUAUGGGAGAGAGGUUGUAUAGAGUUGUGAUGGGUAUGGGAGAGAGGUUGUAUAGAGGUGUGAUGGGUAUGGGAGAGAGGUUGUAUAGAGGUGUGAUGGGUAUGGGAGAGAGUUUGUAUAGAGGUGUGAUGGGUAUGGGAGAGAGGUUGUAUAGAGUUGUGAUGGGUAUGGGAGAGAGUUUGUACAGAGUUGUGAUAUGUAAGGAAAAGAGGUUGCAGAGUUGUGAUUGGUAUGGGAGAGAGGUUGUACAGAGUUUUAGGUAUGGGAGUAAGGUUUUAUAGCGAUGUGAUUGGUAUGGGAGAGAGGUUGUAUAGAGUUGUGAUGGGUAUGGGAGAGAGGUUGUAUAGAGUUGUGAUGGGUAUGGGAGAGAGUUUGUAUAGAGGUGUGAUGGGUAUGGGAGAGAGGUUGUAUAGAGUUGUGAUGGGUAUGGGAGAGAGUUUGUACAGAGUUGUGAUAUGUAAGGAAAAGAGGUUGCAGAGUUGUGAUUGGUAUGGGAGAGAGGUUGUUCAGAGUUUUAGGUAUGGGAGUAAGGUUUUAUAGCGAUGUGAUUGGUAUGGGAGAGAGGUUGUAUUUAGGUGUGAUGGGUAUGGGAGAGAGGUUGUAUAGAGGUGUGAUGGGUAUGGGAGAGAAGUUGUAUAGAUGUGUGAUGGGUAUGGGAUAGAAGUUGUAUAGAGGUGUGAUGGGUAUGGGAUAGAGGUUGUAUAGAGUUGUGAUGGGUAUGGGAUAGAGGUUGUAUAGAGUUGUGAUGGGUAUGGGAUAGAGGUUGUAUAGAGAUGUGACGGGAAUGGGAAAGAGGUUGUAUAGAGUUGUGAUGGGUAAGGGAGAGAGGUUGUAUAGAGGUGUGACGGGAAUGGGGAAGAGGUUGUAUAGAGUUGUGAUGGGUAUGGGAGAGAGGUUGUAUAGAGUUGUGAUGGGUAAGGGAGAGGUUGUACAGAAUUGUCAGAGGUAAGGGUUUUAGGUUGCACAGAGUUGUGAUGGGUAUGGGAGAGAGGUUGUACAGAGUUUUAGGUAUGGGAGUGAGGUUGUAUAGCGAUGUGAUAGGUAUGGGAGAGAGGUUGUAUAGAGGUGUGAUGGGUAUGGGAGAGAGGUUGUAUUCAGGUGUGAUGGUUAUGAGAGAGAGGUUGUAUAGCGAUGUGAUUGGUAUGGGACAGAAGUUGUAUUUAAGUGUGAUGGGUAUGGGAUAGAAGUUGUAUAGAGGUGUGAUGGGUAUGGGAGAGAGGUUGUACAGAGUUUUAGGUAUGGGAGUAAGGUUUUAUAGCGAUGUGAUUGGUAUGGGAGAGAGGUUGUAUUUAGGUGUGAUGGGUAUGGGAGAGAGGUUGUAUAGAGGUGUGAUGGGUAUGGGAGAGAGGUUGUAUAGAUGUGUGAUGGGUAUGGGAUAGAAGUUGUAUAGAGGUGUGAUGGGUAUGGGAGAGAGGUUGUAUAGAGGUGUGACGGGAAUGGGAAAGAGGUUGUAUAGAGGUGUGAUGGGUAUGGGAGAGAGGUUGUAUAGAGUUGUGAUGGGUAUGGGAUAGAGGUUGUAUAGAGUUGUGAUGGGUAUGGGAUAGAGGUUGUAUAGAGUUGUGAUGGGUAUGGGAGAGAGGUUGUAUUUAGGUGUGAUGGGUAUGGGAGAGAGGUUGUAUAGAGGUGUGAUGGGUAUGGGAGAGAGGUUGUAUAGAUGUGUGAUGGGUAUGGGAUAGAAGUUGUAUAGAGGUGUGAUGGGUAUGGGAGAGAGGUUGUAUAGAGGUGUGACGUGAAUGGGAAAGAGGUUGUAUAGAGGUGUGAUGGGUAUGGGAUAGAGGUUGUAUAGAGUUGUGAUGGGUAUGGGAUAGAGGUUGUAUAGAGGUGUGAUGGGUAUGGGAGAGAGGUUGUAUAGAGUUGUGAUGGGUAUGGGAUAGAGGUUGUAUAGAGGUGUGACGGGAAUGGGAAAGAGGUUGUAUAGAGUUGUGAUGGGUAUGGGAGAGAGGUUGUAUAGAGGUGUGACGGGAAUGGGGAAGAGGUUGUAUAGAGUUGUGAUGGGUAUGGGAGAGAGGUUGUAUAGAGUUGUGAUGGGUAUGGAGAGAGGUUGUAUAGAGGUGUGAUGGGUAUGGGAGAGAGGUUGCACAGAGUUGUGAUGGGUAUGGGAGAGAGGUUGUAUAGAGGUGUGACGGGUAUGGGAGAGAGGUUGUAUAGAGGUGUGAUGGGUAUGGGAGAGAGGUUGUAUUUAGGUGUGAUGGGUAUGGGAGAGAGGUUGUAUAGAGGUGUGACGGGUAUGGGAGAGAGGUUGUAUAGCGAUGUGAUUGGUAUGGGACAGAGGUUGUAUUUAAGUGUGAUGGGUAUUGGAUAGAAGUUGUAUAGAGGUGUGACGGGUAUAAGGAGAGAGGUUGUGUAGAGUUGUGAUGGGUAUGGGAGAGAGGUUGUAUUGAGUUGUGAUGGGUAUGGGAGAGAGGUUGUAUAGAGGUGUGGUCUGUAAGGGAGAAAAGUUGGGUUUGGGAGACAGGUUGUAAAGAGUUUUACACAACCUCCCUCCUUUACCCAACACGACUUGGUGUGAAUGUUGUGCUGUGACAGAUUGCGUUAGUGAUGAGGUGUUGUACUGCACUGUUUGUGACUGACAGAAAAGACUUAUGUUAUGAUGAUUUUAAUGAGAUUUGGUGCCAUACCAUUUUAUGAAAGGGAGAAAGAUUAUUUACUAACUUUGUUAUAUGCUGUUUUUGAUGUGAACAUUUGUACUGCACCAUAUUGAUGCAAAUGAGCUGUACAGAUAGCUUCACCGCAUACGAUAGUCAUGUUGAUAGUUGUGUGGUUUUUGGCCUUUGAAGCCCUGUGUCCAAUGUAUGGUCUUUAUUUUUUGUAAUCCAAGUGCUUUCUUGUCAUAUAGAGUCAAUUAACACCACUCGCCGCAAGGUAGAGUGAUGAUUUUAAUGGCCGUUUCAUAAUUUAAGCUUUUUACAUUAUAACUAUAGUUAUACCAUAACUACGAACCACUACAUGGACAUGUUGCUGCUUGAUGGUGUGAUGUUGUACUACAGAGGUCGGACAUUGUACAGGGACAUGUAUACUGGUUACACAUUCGUCAUUUCUCUCAUAUACCACAAGUCUAGCUUACAACUGAAGCAGUAAAUUACAUUAAGAUAUGAAAUAUCUCUAAAAUCUGUAUGAAACUACUUGUAUUGAACAGUUUACCCUAUAUCUACAAGGUGUGUUAAUACACAGAAAUUUCCCUAUUUUCACUGUGUGUAGUUCCACUGACCAACAUAAAGGAUAUACCAACACAAAGGAUACUUUUAAUCCAGUUCGUGUGAGGAUCUGCUAUGCGUACUCCAUGGUGGGAUACUGUACUGUUAUCCACAUUCUUUGAUAUAUCACAUGUGAUAAUACUGUAACCCCAUCAAAUGAGACUUUUCUGUAAUCCGUGUAAUGGCAUGACAUUAUCCACGUAGUGUUAUCUUAUAUAUAUCUACAUUGUGUGAUAUUAUAAUGUAAUCCACAUCCUAAGUUUCUUGGCUGAAUGGUGUUCCAUGUCAUGAGAUUUGUAACCAAUAUUUUCUCUUAAUUUGGGCAGGUGUAUCCAUGCAUUUAACAGUUCAAAAUAUCCUUUACUCACCCUAAGGUUGAGAUUGGGGGUUUCCCCUUUCACAACAACUGUAUGACAUCACAGCAACAAUAUAAUGACGAUAUAGUUCAACCACAUCAUGUCAGCAUUGACUCGUAUUGAUGUGACAUCAUUUAGUGGGCAAGCAGGGUAAGAGAAAAAUAAUCAUACACUCCCUUGGGAGUGAGAAAACAGGAUUUCAACCCUCGAGCCCGCCAAAAUUCUUCAACUGAAAAACACUCUGCAAGCUUCAUGUUUGCCAAUUUCAGAAUUUCUCCCCACAGUGGUGAGAUCCCCCAUCUCAGUCGCCCCAAAGGAUGAAAGUUUUCAGUAUUGAUACUAAAUUCAGUAUUUUGGAAAUAUGUUCUCCCUAUAUAUUAAUGGGGGUUUUUUUUUCUUCAAAAACAGGUAUUUCAGUAUUUUGAAAUUCUGACACUUUCAUCCAUGAAGAAGUGAAAGUUUCUAUCAAUUUAUGUCAUGGGAUACUCGACUAAUGUAAUCCACACUUUGGGAUACUUGACUGAAGUGUAAUCUACGUCAGGAGAUUCUUGACUUCAAUAUAAUCUGUAUCAUUACAGGAAUCUUUAACUGAAGUGUUAUCCACCUCAUGGAGUACUUGACUUUAAUCCACAUCUAGAGAUACUAUACAAAUUAAAUACACAGUAUGGAGUAUUACAUCUUUAUCCAGACACAAGUAGAUUUAUCAGACGAUGAACCCACUUUGUGGCAUUAUUAUAACUAUUACCUGUAUCAUUAACAUACACAUGUGUAACACACACACGUGUAACUAUGGUGUUGACUAGCACACCGAGUCCCUGACAACUAUGUACAUGUCGAGGAACCAAUCCACACAUAUUCGCUAUAGAGUAAGGGCGGAGUGGCUCAAAUUGUCUGUUGUAUGUGCUUGAUAAAGGCAUAUAACUCAAUUGAUUUAUUAAAAUGUCAUACAAAACCAUU